CAAUGUCGAUCGUCACCCACCAUCGGGUUUGCACUCGAAUCCCAAUAGCCCUACAAUAAUGUGGACGUUUCACUGCCCAAAUCUCGAGACUCUAUACCUUUCAAUGUCUCCGACGCUAACAUUCAAAGCCAGGGUAUGCAUUUCGCAGUGCAUUGUCAGGCUCCUUGAUACCCGACCAAAUCUCUUAAAAGUCAAUAUCUCCAACGAACUUGCCCACUCAGCUUCAGAUUUUUCUGAUCUCGACUCGAACCCUUCACCUGCGCCAAUGAUCGCCCAGGAUCUCCUAAGCUCUUUCCCGACCAGGGUGACUGUCGGGCGACGCCAAUCAUUCGCUGUUUUUCAGACGCUUGCUUGCAAGUGCCCCCGAUUUUAGGCCUAUGUUUCUUCGUAGGCAUCAUCCGCUCACCCGGCGUGGACUCGGCGAAGCACAUCCUGCAGCGGGUCAAAUGACUAUGAGGGAGACGCAAGGAAUCGGUGGGGGGGCGGUUCAGCACUAGGUCUCGCAAGAACCAGAGACUCCGGGGGCAUGACCAGUCUUUUCGUUGAGCGA